UGUUCCAUAGAAUCACAAGCCAACCUCUCCUCCACUCACUGCCUAGUUGUCUCCCCAUCUUCAGUAGAUUCACUACCAAUUUUCUUUGUCUUCUUCUUCCUAAAAACCACAUUGUGUAGACAGGAAUCUUUAGCAUACAGACAGCACGGAUAGAUCACUCUCUGCUGUCCAUUUGACCAAGAAGGUCAGUUCACCCCCUCUCUUACCUUCUUACACACAUUCCUACAGGCAAACACACUUCUAUAUAUAACUAAAGGGUCUCAAAAUAUCAAAGCACAACAUGCAGAUUCUUCACUGGCUCCUUAAGGUACCGCAGGAACAAGCAAGGGAGAAUACUUCUACCACUUCUGCCAAGUACAAUACUAAUGAUCAAGAAACUGAAGGAAUAGAUAUAAUUCUUAGGCAUCGUGGAAGUCAUCGAAGAUCAGGAAGAGGCAAAGAAAAUAACUUUUGUUUGAGGGGAUUUAGACCAUUUCCAAUUUUAUGCAGAAAAGAUGUUGCAACUGCUUGUUUCUAUAGCUCACUUACUCUGAAAAGACUUAAUAGCUUCAAUAGGAGGAAGCAGCAGCAGCAGCAGCAGCAGCAGAAUUGGAUGUACUCUAUGAAGAUGAAGAAAGAAGACAUUAUUGCUAAAGGACAAGGCAUGAGUGAUAAGCUGGAUUCAGCUACUCAUGCAGGCAACAAAGUUCUACCCAUAACUGAUACAACAACAUUAUCUUCCCCAUCAACUAGCUCAAAUGUUGGCCAAUGUGGCUCACUGGAUAAGAAAAAUACCCUUAAAAGGGAUAAAACCAGAGCCAUGUCUAGAAUGAAGGAGCUAUUGAGAUGGGCUGCUGCUGCAAAAUCUGACAAGAAAGGAAACUUCAUAGGAAGAAAGGUUCUGCACUUUAGAAAUAGAGCAACACUUAAAGCAGUGCCAGAUGAUGAUCAAAUGAGCAAUGAAUCACCCAAGAUCAGUUUCAGAUGGGAUGUUGAAAGCUGCUCCACCACUUCCUCUGCAUAUUCAGCCAUUUCAAUGGCUUCUUCUUCCAAGACUGAUCUGACCCUGAACAUGCUUUCUCUCAAUUCCACUCCUCUCCAUGAUAGGAAAGGAAAUUGGAUCACUACAGAUUCUGAAUUUGUGGUGCUAGAGCUGUGAAGAGAAUCAGAAGCCUGUAAUGAUUCUCCAUGGCUGAAUCAAGUGAAUGCUUGAAGAAAUGUUUCAUGUGCUAGGAUCUCUUUUUCUUGUGGGGGUUAAUUUUUGAGAUAAUUAAUUAGAUGAUUUAAUUGUAACAUCAGCUGUAAGGAUCUGAAAAUGUAAGCAGAUUAAUGAAGAUGGCCUACCUGCAUAGUAACCUGACCAACAUUUUUUUUUGUAUGGAUAUAAGAAUGUUCAAGUCUAGCCAGCCAAUGCCAUGUAAGGGUCAUUAAGAUCAUAAUUAGAGAAAGAGUGACCUAACAUAUGAUUUCCUUCCA